CUGCUCAUCAUCCACUACAUCCACCGCUCCUACGACUCCGUCAACUUCCCCGCCGGCGUCGUCUCCAGCAGAUCUGACUGGCAGAGCUCCUGUGCUAUCCUCUCCAGCAAAGUCGUUGGACAGGAGCAGCCUCCUGAAAGUAGAUCUGGAGGAGAAAAUGGACAUGUUGCUGCUCAUUACAUCGCUUUCGUCAACGGUCACAAGACUAUUGACCUGGAUUUGGUCCCAAUUGAUAAGGCUGCUCUGGAUUUGGUCUAA